AUGGUAUCUACUUCUCUUACAGCUAUUGCUCUCUUAGGUCUUUCUGUUCUACAAGGUUUGACUGCUGCACCAUCAUCCUAUGCUAAACGUGGUGGAGGUCAAUGCACUCCUUUUAGUGGAAAUUUUGGUGAAAGCUCAGAAUGGGAAGGUCAAGAUGUGACAGAAGAUGAAUAUGAUUCAGCAGAAAAUGGCUUGAAAUUCAACCUUUUACCUCCUGAUAGCUAUACUCGCAAGUAUGAUGAGAAUGAAAAAUCUUACUACAACUCCAAAGCUGGUCGAGGUCCUACUUUUGUUUACAAUUCUGAAGUCCAGUAUGGUCGCAUCUCAGCUAAAAUCAAGGCACCUGCAGUGGGAGGUGCUGUCACUGCCCUGAUCUUCAAGUCUACUGAAGGUGAUGAAAUCGACUUUGAGCUUCUUGCUUCUCCCGAUAAUGCUCAAACCAAUUACUUUUGGGGUAAAAGGGUCAAGACCGGAGAAAAUGGUGAAAUCCACAAGGGUUCUGUAUCCGAUACUUUCUACAAAUAUACUAUCGAUUGGUCACCAAAGGCUAUUCGCUGGUAUAUUGAUGAUGAGAUGAUCCGGGAAACCACUUUAGAAGAAAUUAUUAAAAAGAAAGGCAAGGCUAUGUAUCCCACUAAUCCUUCUCAGAUCCAAAUUGGUUUAUGGGACUCAUCGGAUGUCGCUGGUACUGCUCACUGGGCUCAGGGUCCUAUCAAGUGGUCGAAUCAAGAAGUGUCUGCCUAUAUUAAGGAUGUUACUGUAGAAUGUCCUUAUUGAUCCAACAACGCAAUAAAAUCAUGACCAUAUUUUAUAUAUAUAUAUAUUCAUUGCCUUGACUAUGAUCAUCUUCCUAUCUCUAUAUUAUUUGUAUUCAAUCAUCACAGAAUAUUAUUUAUGUCUAAUGCUAAUAAACAAUAUUAUUUUUAUUACAUCCAACAAACAUGCAUAAAUCUAGAAAGAUUCAAUACUGGGAUACAUACCUAUUUUUCGUGGAUCUAAGUACUUCUUCCCCCCCCCCAUUUCGGUUUUCGAAAAGAAGAAAUGGAAAAAUGGUUAACAGAAUAUUAGUUGUACAUGUGCACUUACC